CCUGUCUCUAAAACCUCCGCCCCCACACUCCUUGGAAACCCUCUUUAGGCGGCGCCUCUCUCCUCUCUUGCCCGUGCUCCAUGGCCAUGGCCUUACUCAGCCGCAUCAGACUCGCUGCGCGAUUGUCGUGCCCAAUCAACCGGGCCUAUGGAUCUGCUGCCGCCGUUCAGCUCGAUUACGACUUCGAUUAUUACGAUAACCAAGACAACGACGCCGGAAUUUAUUCCUCCAACCGGAUCAUGGAGGAUUCUGAUGGAUUGGUGCCGGGAAGAGGAGUUCAGUGGGUGAUCAUAGGUGACCCCAUGGCAAAGAGAAACGUCUAUGCUCAGUGGCUCUCCAAGCUUCUGGAUGUUCCCCACAUUUCCAUGGGCUCUCUCGUCCGUCAAGAACUCCACCCUCAUUCUUCUCUUCACAACCAGAUAGCAGGUGCUGUAAAUGAGGGGAAGCUAGUUCCGGCAGAAGUAAUUUUUAGGCUGUUGUCAAAGAGACUGGAAGAAGGGUACUGCAGGGGUGAAAAUGGUUUCAUUUUGGAUGGGAUCCCUCGAACUAAGGUUCAAGCUGAAAUCCUGGACCAAGUUGUGGCCAUAGACCUGGUUCUGAAUCUCAAGUGCCAAGAUGAUUCCAUGGUGAAGAAAUGUGCAAAUAGUGGGAUCCAUCCAUGUCAAGAAUUUCUCUGCAUGACUGCCUCUAAAUUUGAUCUUGGUCCACAGCCAGAUGAUGGUAAUUUGAAGUUUACCAAUUAUUCAGAUGGUGUGUGGAGGGAGAAAUUGCGUGUAUAUGCUGAGCAGAGCCAACCAUUAGAAGAAUACUACAGGAAACAGAGGAAGCUCUUGGACUUUCAAGUGUCUGGGGCACCAGGAGAAACAUGGCAAGGCCUCCUGGCUGCUUUGCAUCUGGAGCACAUGAAUGUUGUCAGUUCUUCACAGAAGUUGACUGCUUGAUGCUGAUUGAAUUCAACUCAGUAAUUAGUAUAGGCAUACUACCGAGUGUAUUAUAGCUAAAAAAUUUUGCGGGACAAUACAAUUUUGUUUUCAUUUUUGUUUGCCAAGUGUGUACAAGUAGCAAAGAGCCAGAGUAGUAGAGAAACUAGCAUUAUUGACUAUGAUGUAUGUUCAACACUUCUUUAUGCUCCUUUCUCUUGGUGUUGAUUUCAUAUUUUGAUAAUGA